UCUUGUCGGUUUCUGCUAUAUCGCCAGUGGCCGAGAAUGAAUUCACACAAAUCCACAUUUAUCAUGUGCACUGCUAUGAUCAACGAGCUUAAGAAUGAGUUCUAGAAGCAACAUUAGGGUGAUCUUUCAACAAUAAUAAGAGGUCUUGCUAUGCCAUGCCACUAUGGAAAUCGAGUCCCUUGCCGAUUGCCUCCAGCAUGCUGGCACGGUCCACGGCACGUGCCCGGACCAGAAGCAUCGUGCACAUCGAUACCCAUGGCUCAUGCGACAAGUACUGUGAUCUUUGGCUCAUGCUUGACGACUACGAUCGUUGUGUUUGCAAAUCGACGCGUUUUGAUCUGGUCGGGUCCACUUUUCAUCAGAGUCUUUUGCAUCUUCCUUCCGGUUGAACCAAGUCAAUCAAUAAUACUACUUAUAGAUGUCGUAUCGGCCGUGCUCCUGCUGAAUCGAAUACGCUGCGUAAGGCGUCCCAAUUAUCUAGCUAAGGAAAGGCCCAUUAGUUCAUACAUGCCGUUCUCAACAAUCUGUAGCCGUCAUAGCAAGGAUAUGUCCAUUCCUAAUUUCCUACAAGCAGCUGUUACCGUGCGCUAGCGUUCCUGGACAGGCCUCGAACUUAGAGAACAAGGGCUGCUAUAGAUCUGUUUGUCCUGCAGCCGAUCUCUCGUAUAAAGCGCUUAAGCAGCACGUCGAGAGCUGACAAACAUUCCGCAGUCUUCCGCAUGUCAGUGCUGAUUGGAUUGCUCGCUCAUACUCCAUCCAA